AUGUCGACACCCGCCCCGUCUGCUUCGCAACCCAUCGAGGCCACACCCACGCCUUUGGAGCCGCUCCUCGUCAAUCUUCAAGUCGUCUCACCGUCUCUCAGCGUCAACCGACCCCUGCUGUUCCCCGACUUGCCGGCCACGACAACCAUCAAAGGCCUCAAGGAAAAGAUCCGUCAGACGCUCCCCCUGCGACCAGCAGAUGACAACCAGCGCCUGAUUCAUCGAGGACGGGCUUUGCUGCGCGAGUCGGAUACGCUGUUGGACGUUUUUGGCCCUGAUGCGCUGCGUACUCUGGAUCGACAAACCAUCCACCUCGUCAUCCGAGACAUGCCAGAUGGCCAGACUUCGACACCGCCGCCGACCACAGCUCGAGGCCCAAGCCCAGCAGAGGCCACCGGCCCUGCACGACCGUCAAACCCUCCACAUCUUCAAUUUGGACCGGAGCCUCCGCCAGGCUUCCCACGGAGAGGCCACUUUCAAGCAAGCGCUCAUCACAUAGCCCAGCCGCGUGUGCCCUCCCCUGCGCCCGCCCACUACAACUCCGAGCAAGCAGCGACAUUCCAGCAACAUCACCAGAACAUGUCCAACUGGCUAGGCCAAGUUCAACGAGACGCUCAGCUUCAACGGGAAGCCAUGGUCAGGGCCCUUGUCAACCAGAACCAGCGGGGCAGAGCACAGGUGGGCAUGCGUGGCAUCGGGGACACGGCGGGCAACAACGGCCCCGAGGCACACAGUGGCAGAGUGAGCCCCGGCACCUCCCAUGCCAUUCAUUACGAGACCAUGGGACCAAACGGACAAACCUACCAAGUGGAUACCGUCGUAAGAUCGAGCACACAGGGCGCUCCGGGUGGCUUGUCCCCGGCCGAAGUGCAAAACAUCAUCCGCAGCGCGGAUUCCAACCAGGCAGCCAUGGUCAUGGCAAACGCACUCCAGCGGAAUGUCCCAGGGGCUUCUCUCUACAAUCGACCGCUGACCCAGCCCGGAGUCACGACUCCCAUCCUUGGCGCCGGUAGCUCGCUGGCUGGCAGCGGCCGAGCUACCCCAGAGCUUGACCCGAGAUCGGCUGGUGCUGGCAACCCGGCGCCGCGAGCCAACUCACCCAGGCAGCCACAGCAAGGCCCUCAAAUCUACCUCUUGCUGUCGCCUGACGGACCGCGCGCUCUCCUGUUUAACUCGACUACCGCCGAGACGUACUAUUCGCCCAGACUCAGGGGUCAGGCGAGCUGGCCGCGGCUGCGAAGCCCAGCCAGCCAAUCAAACCUGAGUUACCCUGCUCAGCCGUCUGAGGCGCACGCUGCGUUUCAGCAAGACGAAAGACCACAGCAAGAUCAAAGACCGCAGCCUCGAGACGAUGCGGCAGCCGCAGUACCGGCGCACGUGCAACCGCCUCUGCAACCAGCGCAUCCCAACAACCCCGCGGCUGCGGCGGGGCUUCCUCCUAUUCUGGUGCAGUUUUGGCCACAUCUCUGGCUGAUAUUUCGCCUGGGCCUCUUUGUGUGGUUCUUUACUUCACCAAACUCUAGCUGGUCGAGGUGGCUCACCAUCAUCUGCCUCGCCGUCUUCAUGUUUGUCCUCAGUACGGGCCUUCUCAACGGACUAGCCGAAAACGCCUGGAGGCCCAUUGGCAGGCAUUUGGAGAACAUCCUUCCGGCUCUGGAACCGCCACGCAUCACCAGAGCAGCUGGUACCGGACGGGUCGCAGGAGCCGGACAAGGCGGUCAUGAUAGCGAAGCGGACCCGGAGCAGUUGGCUGCAAGACUGUUCAGGAGGCUCGAGCGAGCUGGGCUCUUGUUCCUCGCCAGCCUCGCACCAGGGGUCGCGGAGAGACACAUUGCCAAUCUUGAGGCCGAAGCACGAGCUGAGGAAACGGCAGCGGCGGACAGCGCGGGCGGGGAAGCCGAGUCCAACAGAGUCGGGGCAAACGGGACGGAGCAUGGGCCUGAGGAGGAGCAGCGUAGCGAGCACGCAGGGCACGAAGCCCCCCAGGCCAACGCGGGCAAUGAGCCGAACCGGGAAGAAGUCGUGGCGCUGUAA